CAUUCGUCCUAUAACACAUCUAUAACACCUCCAUCCUAUAACACAUCCAUUCUAUAACACAUCAUUCCUAUAACACAUCCACGUCACUUGCUCCAUUUUGCCAUCAUCUAUAAACUGCAGCAGCACAGGAAGGAGUUAGUGUGUGAAUGUGGUAGCGAACUCUUUAAAACGACACCCGUUUUUUUGCGGCACGUCAGCUGAUUGAUGACAUUUAAAAGCGCUGCUUGGUUUACGGAAAACUGAAACAGACUCCAUUACAGAGAAUCAGUCCUGUCCUGGUGGUGACUCCGGAAGCGAAACCAAAAGCUUUGGUCAGAACUUGUUUUUGUCUCUAUACACUUUUCUGUGCAUGAAGAUGGCGCCAGGACAGUGUGAAGAGAAACCACAGCCAGGUGACUUGAUAGAAAUCUACCGUCUUAUCUACCAACACUGGGGCAUUUAUGUUGGUGAUGGAUACAUCAUUCACCUGGCACCACCAUCUGAAGACGCCCAUCCUGGUGCCAGCAGCAUGAUGUUUGUGCUGUCUGAUAAGGCUUUCGUAAAGAAGGAGGAGCUCUCCUUUGUGGUCGGCGAUGAUGAGUACAAAGUUAACAAUCUACUGGAUUAUAAAUAUGAGCCACGUCCUGCCCAUGCCAUCGUCCAUGAAGCAUACAGCCUUUUGGGGCGGGAGCUGCCCUAUAGUGUGAUCAGUAGCAAUUGUGAGCAUUUUGUAACUGACCUGAGAUAUGGCAAGGCUGAAUCUCGGCAGGUGCGUAAAGCUGUGGAAAUGGUAGCAGGUGCGGGUUUCGAAGUGGUUGCUUUUGUAGCAGACCUUUUUGGUUCAGGAAAUAAGGAGAAGAAGAAUACUCAGUGAAACCUCAGAUGGGGAGAAGCUGUAAAGAAAAACACCAGCAAGCCUUCUGACUAGAAUUAUGCCUUUUAUGCAAUAAUCAGCCAACCACUAAAGAGAUCUAAUUCUGCGAUACAACAGGAGUUUAAUUAAGUACAAAAUUAUUUAUCACUUCUUACUCUACUGCCAAAUAAGUGUUGGUCUUACCAAUAAUCUACAAAGAUAUAGGCCAAAACCAACCUCCUUAAACAAAUAAAUUUUGAUAUUGUAUAGGGCAUAUCAUGGUGCAUACAAGUGGUUAAAUGGGGUUUGAUACUGCAGUUCAAGAUUUUUUUAUAUAAGAUAUAUCGGCUAUAUUUAUAUAUAUUUAUAGGGAUGAAGUCCAAGUAUUAUAAAUCUCUGAUAAUUACAAUUCUCAUUUCCGUCAGGAUGAGAAAGGCUAACAAAAACCAAGAUGACCCUUAAACCACUGGUCCAACAUUUGUCUGUUUCUUAUGAGCUACUAAUUUAAGUCAUGGGAUGAAAGCAAUGUUUAUUAAGACAGUAAAGGGAAAAUAGAUAUUGCUGUGCUUUUACAUGUCUGAAUAAAGUUAAGUUUAAAUUGA